CAUUAAACAUAUAUAAAAGUGAAAGAAAAAAAAUAUGAUUAAAAAAGAAAAAUUUUCUAUAGAUAUAGAUAGAAAAUCCACGACCAAACCCUAAACAUACAAACAACAUCAUCAUCAACAACAUCAUUUCCAUCUCAAAACAUCCAGCACAAUUUAAUGGGAUACGGAAAUUCAAAGUUUAUGAGAAAAACAAAUUUGUAAAACAUCCCAUAAAUUUGUAUAUAUUUAGAUAUAAAAGAAAAUCAACGAAAAUCGACUGCUGCUGUUAACACAAAGACGCUGGAAUGUAAUAGCAAGGAAUGAGCAAAAGAAAAUUAACAACAUCAUCUAACAUUAAACAUUUAAUGAGAAAAUCUUACCACUACAACAGCAACUACAUACUAAAUGACAUCGUAGUCGUAGACAUCAUUUAAUCCUGUUGUGUUAAACAAACAUUAUACAUAAUCAUUAUUUUUCAAAAACGACACAGUCUACAAGGCGAAAGACAGGGUAAAAGAGAAAGAGAGUAGCUAAGUAUGAGUAAUAGAGUUAGUGUGUGAGUUUAUGAAAGACAGGAAGGAAAAAUGUUCACCAAGUAGCAAUACUUUGCUGCUAACGCUGUUGCCACGACAAGCUAUUGCUGUCGCCGUUUAACACAAAAUACAACAAUAAUACAAUGUCAAAUGUCAAACAUGAAAAUCAAGAUUAAAAGGAAACCUUUUCCAAGUACUGUAACUAAAUAAAACUUCUAUAAAACUACGGUAUUUUGUAGCUGCAGUCUCUUCACAUCGCUUGUGUUUGUGUGCAGACACUCACCCGCUCUCACCCACAUAUAUUCAAACAUAAAGGACUUAAACAUAAACAUACGAAUUAUUAUUAUUAUUAUAUGGAUGUCAUUAUGUCGUUAUGUACCGUUAAACUCAAAUACAGUGAAAAUUAAAUACUAAACAGCAAGCAACGAGACCAAAAAAAAAAUAAUUCCAAAUUUAUUUGUGUCAGUCAUUACGCUCUUUGUUGCUGUAUAUUUCUGAAUGAAAAGACCCUGACUGAAGACAACAACAGCAACAAAAAUACCCAGAAAAUCCUAGUCAUUCUAACAUAUAAAUGAAUAAAAAUUAUGACUGACUCACCAACUAAACGUAUGGCUGGCUGACAGUUUCUGUUUGCUUUUAUUUGUUAACAUUUUUUUUCGAUUCGUUUUUAUGUCAUUACCGUUGUGGUUUCUGCAUUCAUUACAUUUUUUUCUCUACUCUAAACAUCGACAUCUUUGUCAUAUUAUGUGGUGGGACUUCUGAUUGCAGUGUUAUAUUUUUAUCCUUUUAAAUACGAGUUUUAACGAAAUACAUCAACGUAAUGGGUGAUUUACAAGCAACAAUUGAAUUUUCAGUGGAAUUGUAUAAAUUUUUUAAUGUCGACUUAUUUCAAAGAGGUUUAUAUCAAGUACGAUGUAGCCUGCGUGUCUCACCCCGUUUACCGGUACAAAUCGAGACCACAAUACCAGAAACCACAGCUAAUGGCCAGCCAGCAGCACAGCCCAUUAUAUCGAAUGGAAGUGGUGGUGGCGGAGGUGGUAGUGAUGCUGCUAAUACAAAUACUAACAGUAAUGGAAGUGGUAACAGUGCUGGCCUAGGUGUAGGCGGAGGAGGAGGAGGAGGUGGUAUUCUCGGUUUGUCUAAUGGCAAUAAUAUUGUUGUUGUUGGCGGCGGUGCCAUUGAAGCAGACCUAAGAGAUCAACAACUUCAUCAUCAACCCUCCGAUAUACCACCACUACCUAAUAAUGUGCACAAUUUAGGUUCGGCCAGUAUAAUUAAUGGGGCGGGGGCCUCACGUGUUUUUCAAAUACUCUAUCGCAAUGAAGAGGUGACAUUACGUGAUGUAAUAUACUUUCGAACACAUUUAUUAGUUGACAGUCGUCAUUUAAAAGAGUCUAUAGAACGUGCAGAAUUUUCAUUGCAACUUGAAUUGUGGUUUGCUGAACAGAAUGGUUCUGCCUCGAAUUUAUCCUUGGCAUCAACGCGUACAUUACAACUAAACUUUCAUCCAGGACGUGGUUUACACUAUCACUUGCCCGUAUUGUUUGAUUAUUUUCACUUGGCUGCCGUAAGUGUGGGCAUACAUGCAAGUUUGGUGGCAUUGCAUCAGCCGUAUAUCAAGAAAACACUUUUCCAUUAUUUAAGACGAUGUGCACCCAAGAAUUCAAAACCCUGGUUAAGUACGGGCAAACUAAGUUGUCGCGGUAGUAUGUCGCCAGGACCUUUAGAAGCUGUAUUCUUUGGUCCUCAAGUAGUAGGUACUACCAAAUGUAGUGGUGGUCCAGCUGGACGUCUUUUACAAUCCCGCCAAUUACAUCGUGAAAUAUGCAGUUUAUUGCUGGGAGCUAUAGAGCAGUUGAAAAUAUCCUUAAAUGAAUUCAGUAAUGUACUCCCACCGAAUGUAAAUACACAAAUAGGUUCACCACCGUUUCGGGAAAAUGAUACUAAUGAUAGAAUGCUUAAGCUAAUGGAGCAAGCUAAGAAUCAUGACUCCGAAGAGGAUUUCGCCAUUAAAGCCAAUUCAGAUAUAGCGCAGCUGUGUGCUGAAUGUAUAAUGUUUUGGCGUCGUGUUUUAAUCGCCUCCACUCAACCUUCUGUACAUACAUUAUUGGCUAAAAAGCAUCAUAUUCUAAGGGUACGCAGAUUUUCCGAAGGUUUCUUUGUUAUGGAAAAUCCCCGUCAUACGGCAGCUGGUUGUUAUGAUAGCAACUAUCAGAAUUAUAUAGCCAUAUCGGAAAUGGCUAGACGCAGUCGUUAUAUGCAAACUCUGCCACCUUUGCCAGUCCAUUGUUCACCGAUUGAUGGCGACACCAAUUCUAUGCCACUGAUCUUUGAAGAUCGUUAUAUAGAGCCUAGUAAAUUUACACGCAAGCACACAGGGUCCGAUCCCAACUUAAAUCGUGUAGACAUUCCCGUAAAUGGUAAAGUUAAAGGUUCAACAGAUAAGCCAGUACCCGCAGCGAGAAAACAAUCUAAUAAAGAAUGUUCUUGUGGAGUAACCUAUGAUUAUCCCUUAAAGAAUAAUGGUUUAACGGGAGUGUUAACGCCACGCUUUGCUUUGGGUGGUGAGAUUUUGCAAGCUAGUUUGACUAUAGCGCCUACGGCAGCCAGUAAAGGUCCCAAUCCUACCAUCAGCCACCGUUAUAUGUCGCGUCAUUCGGUAAAUGGUUUACUAGAUGAAAUCGAAAUUGAUAAUGGUACCUCAAAUGGUUUCUGUGAACUCGGUAGUGCUGGUACUUUGCCAGCCAGACAUAGCAAGUCUUUGGACCAACUCGAUGGCACUGUUCAUAGUACACCUUCUCUGCGAACCCAAAAUACCUUAGCUUAUCCCGCUAAAUUAUCAGAAACCGAGUUAAGGCAAUAUUCGUUGUAUAGUUCGGUGCAGAAAGGUCCAUCGUUUAAAGGUUUUGGUCUAAAUGGUAAUCGUAAGCCCAAAGUACAAGCAGAAGAUCUCAUGCGGAAUAUCAAUGAAUUCAGGCAAAAAUAUAAAAAUGUCGAGGAAAAUAACAAAGACUGCGACCCCUUAACCAAUGGCAAUCAACCGAAGUUUUAUGGUCCUACAAAUGCCGCCACAUUAGGUCGACAACCAUUGGAACAUGGUAUGUCAGCCAGUAAAUAUGAUUAUCUCCAUGAGAUUAAACUAUUAAAUCCACCCAAAAAAGUGGUAGAACGACAACGUACUUACUAUAAUUCUCUGCCAAAAAGUAUAACAAAUGGAGAAAUUGUGCCACGUCCAUCGUAUACACCCAAUAGGACACUGCCACAAAAUGGUGCAGUAACUCAGCCCAUUGUAUGGCCUCAACAGAUUGUUAUAUCACGCAGUAAUUCUUCUCAAGCCUUAAAACAGAAUAUUAACAGAGAAAUGGAACCGAAUACUAGUUCCACAAUACCCAGAUCUGUGGAAAUAGCUCGUGUUAGAGUAUCUGACCUCAAAGAAAUGCUUAAGAACGGAACACUACAAAAGGAAUCCAGUAGUUCGGAAAGUGAUAUUCCCUCCAAGGUAAAGAAGUCAAAGGCAGAACAAAAAAUGCUGUCCUCAGCCAGUGUGCCCUUUAAAUUGGACUCAACUUCAGGUGAUCAAGAUCAAACAACAAGUGGUUUCAGUGAGUCCUUGCCCAAUUUGGUACCUCCACAUCAAUUCACCACCGAGGGAGUAAUAAGUGACUCCACAUCAUCCUUAAGCGAAGAAAGUGGUUGGGUAUCGAGUAGACGCAGCUCUAUUAUACCCUCCAGUCCGGAGACUAUUUUAAAACAGACCCAAACUAAACAAACAAGUGAAUUAGAAACUCGUCUCAAUGGCGAACAACUCAGAUUGAAACUGCAAAAACUUUUGGAGCAACAAAAUAAAACUAAAAAGCAUAAAGAGAAUCGCUGUAACACAAAAACUUUAAUAAACAGCACUGAAGGAGGUGUCAGCAAAAAAGUCACCACGGUGACAGUCAAAGUUAAAACUGAGCGUUUAAAAUCGGAACUAAGACGUAAUCUAAGGAAUAUACCCUACAAUGAAUCGACAGAAGUAGAGGAUUCGGAUAUGUCACUCAUACAGACCCAAAGAAGAGAACGACAUCGACGCACGGAGAAAUCCAAAUCAGAUUUUGAUUUGACCAGUAUUAAGGAGACAACAGGAUCCAUAAUAAAUGUAAGAGUACCGCCACCACAACAAUUUCAAGAUGAUCUUCUGCCGCCAGAUGAAUUUAGAGAUCCUCCUGUAACUAAUGAAAAUCAAACAAAGAAAUCUUCACAACUAAAACCUAAACACGUCACAAAUCCCUCGACUAGUAUAACAACGCCAGUGACAUUUAACACGGAAACGUAUCAGAAUAUAACACAACAUUCGUCACCCUCAAUUGCGGUGCCACCAGCACCACCGCCUCCCUUAAAGGAGAUACCACAACACUCGCUAAAUCUAAGGACUCCCAUUGCCGCCAUCGAUAAUCCGGUUUAUCACAUCUAUGAGUCCAUGAAACCUAUAACCGCUGCCAAUAUAUUCACAAACAAACCAGUAGUUAGAUCUCAUAGCAUCAUUGAAAUGAAAAGACCCAAAGAUUUUGGCAAUGCCAUUGUAAAAACUGCCGUUAUAACCAAUACUACUAGAUCAAACCGUUCUACACCCAAUGGAUCCAGUAAAAUCUCACAAAACUCUCAAAGCCAACCGGCUUCGCUGGACAAUACCGAAGAUGAGAAUAAGGAAAACUCAAAUACCACAACCAGCAAUAGUAAUACUCAAACAGCUAUUACCCGUUCAAGCAGCACCAAAUCGCACAAAUCGAAAAACAAAGGUCCCGAAUGUAACAUAUCCUUAAUGGAAUUCGAAAAAUAUCGUGAAGAAUUUCGCAAACAAUUGAAAUACAGUGGCAGCAUUUAUUCAGACUUCACACGUCUAUCAUCCGAACUACCCUAUUUCUAUAUCAGCGAUGAAUAUAGAGCCUUCUCACCCAAUGGCAUGCAUUUAAUCAUAUGUGUUCAUGGUUUAGAUGGUAAUUCAGCGGAUUUACGUUUGGUGCGGACAUAUUUGGAAUUGGGUUUACCCGGUGCUAAUUUAGAGUUUUUAAUGUCGGAACGUAAUCAGGGUGAUACAUUUUCCGAUUUCGAUACAAUGACUGAUAGACUUGUAGCUGAAAUUUUAUACCAUAUCGAAACCUGUGGACUUAAUCCUACGCGCAUUUCAUUUGUAGCACACUCUUUGGGAACAAUUAUUGUACGCAGCGCUUUGGCACGACCACAAAUGCGUUCAUUAUUGCCACGCCUGCAUACAUUCCUAUCGUUGUCGGGACCUCAUUUGGGUACAUUAUAUAAUACGAGCGGACUUGUUAAUAUGGGCAUGUGGUUUAUGCAAAAAUGGAAAAAAUCUGGUUCUUUAUUACAACUUUGCAUGCGAGACACAACCGAUUUGCGUAAAAGUUUCCUAUAUCGUUUGAGUCAACGCAGUACAUUACAUCAUUUUAAAAAUAUAUUAUUAUGUGGUUCCAGCCAAGAUCGUUAUGUGCCAGCACAUUCAGCUCGCCUUGAAUUGUGUAAAGCCGCUAUACGUGAUAAUUCCAAUUUAGGCAUAAUAUAUAGAGAAAUGAUACACAAUAUUAUAGCGCCCAUAUUGGCUCGUCCCGAAUUGACUCUAACACGCUAUGAUGUACAUCAUGCUUUGCCGCAUACAGCCAAUACAUUAAUUGGACGUGCAGCCCAUAUUGCGGUCUUGGAUUCGGAAUUAUUUAUAGAGAAAUUUUUAUUGAUAGCCGGUCUAAAAUAUUUUAGUUAGCAUAUUUAACUAA